UCCUCUUUCCUCGGAGGAAACUUUCCGCCGGCUGGUCCAUCGGCCCUUGUCCGGCCCGCGCUGCCGCGGCCUGGGAUCCGAGCCGGGCGGGCAGGUGACCGGGACCGGACGGGGCGGGAGCGGCCGGGCCCCGGGUGUCUGCGGCCGCCGGACGCGCCGGGGCCGGGCAGCGGGGAAGCGGGGCGCUGACGGCUGACAGGGGAGCUGCUCCCCCAGAGAAGCAUGGAUGCCCCCCGAAGGGACAUGGAGUUGCUCAGCAACAGCCUGGCGGCCUACGCACACAUCCGCGCUAACCCCGAGAGCUUCGGCCUCUACUUCGUGCUGGGUGUCUGCUUUGGCCUGCUGCUCACCCUGUGCCUACUAGUCAUCAGCAUCUCCUGUGCACCCCGCCCGCGGCCCCGAGGGCCCACUCCGCGCCGGGACCCCCGCAGCAGCACCCUGGAGGCCGAGGACGACGACGACGACGACGACGAUGAGGAUACGGUGACUCGGCCGGGCCCUGAGGUGUCCACGGAGCCCGACGGGCCCCUGAGCGUCAACGUCUUCACUUCGGCGGAGGAGCUGGAGCGGGCGCAGCGGCUAGAGGAGCGGGAACGGAUCCUGCGGGAGAUCUGGCGCACUGGACAGCCAGACCUGCUGGGCACCGGCACGCUGGGGCCCAGCCCCACAGGCACGGGCACCCUGGGCCGCAUGCACUAUUACUGACCGGCCCCCAGAGCGUACUGGAUAUGCACAGGGGCUUCGAGCUGCCCCAGGACCUUUGGACUGCCCCUGCCCACGGUGCUAUGGAGGCCCCGCCCCCACGGCUCCCCUGGUGCUGUUGGGCCUGGAUUCCCGUCCCCUGGGAGACACCCUUCCCCCGUCCAGCCAGAAGGCCCUGGGGGUAGGGCAGGACGCAGGGUCCCCAUCCCCUCUCUGGGGGACGGUUAAGAGGUGACGUGACCAAUGAAAGCUGCAUUCUCAGUGA